AUGCGUGCCAGUCAACUGGAUAUUCCUAUCCAUGCCACAUGGUCACAGACGGGUGUUACUGUAGCUGGAGGGAAUGGUCGAGGUAAAGGAACUCAUCAACUCUACCAUCCGCACGGUUUGUUCGUUGAUGAUGACCAAACAAUUUACAUUGCUGAUUACAGCAACGAUUGGAUCGUGGAAUGGAAACCUGGUGCCAGCAAUGGACAAGUCGUUGCUGGUGGUAACGGAUAUGGAAAAGGCGAUCAUCAAUUGAACGGACCCUUGGAUGUCAUUGUUGACAAAGAAACAGAUAGUCUCAUCAUCAGUGACAAAGGCAACGCGAGAGUUGUGAAAUGGCCUCGCCGAGAUGGGGAAAAAGGUGAAACACUGAUUUCGAAUGUCUAUUGCACUGGUUUAACUAUGGACCAACAAGGAUCACUCUAUGUCGUUGAGAAAUACGGUCACAAAGUAGACCGGUAUCGAAGAGGUGACACUCAAGGAGAAGUAGUUGCAGGUUAUAAUGGAGAAGGAAAUGACCUUGAUCAACUAUCUCGUCCUUGGAGUAUCUUUGUCGAUCAAGAACACUCAGUUUAUGUGUCUGACUCUGGUAAUCAUCGAGUGAUGAAAUUUAAACAAGGUGCAAAAAAAGGAAAUGUCAUCGCUGGCGCCCAGGAAGAUGAAGACAGUCUACCAGAAUUGUACUCUCCCCGAGGAAUUGUUGUUGAUCAAUUAGAGACCAUCUAUGUUGCUGAUGAGUUGAACAGUCGAAUUAUGCGUUGGCCCAAAAGAGCUAAACAUGGAAGUGUCAUAAUUGGCGGAAAUGGGAAAGGAAGCAAUUCGAAUCAAUUAAAUUAUCCCAUAGGUUUAUCAUUUGAUCGUCAUGGAAAUCUUUAUGUCGUCGAUUCCGAUAAUGCCCGUGUUCAACGCUUCGAUAUUAAUAUCUAA